CAAACGCGUGGCAUUGUGCUAAAAGCCACAGGAAAUCGUUCCAGCUAUACUCCCAGCCUUUGCUUAAGUUUAGUUUAGCAGAGUGUCGGUACAUUCGUUCCCCUUUCUAUUUCUUUUUUUUUUUCUUUUUUUUUCUUUUUUUUUCUUUUUAAUUUUUUUCUUUUUAACAAAAACAAGCAGCGUGCUAAGAGCUGCAACCCCUCUGGGAGGUGUUGAGCCUUGGCCGGAGCCGCCGGAGCCCCCCCGGGGCCGGGAGGCUGCCGCUGGCCCGGGCUCAGCCGGAGCUUGCUGGGACAGCCAUUCCUGGCUCCAGCCGCUGUCCAGGCGGCCGUGCGAGGGCAGAGCCGCGGCAGCUCCGCUCGCACGGCACGGCACGGCACGGCACGGCAUGGCGCUCCGGGCAGCCUGCCUCCUCCUCUGCCUCCUCUCCCUCGCCCACGUCUCCGGCCAGCAGAACGGCAAAGCCCGGCAAAAACCGGCGGCUUCCAAGAAAGAUGGUGUGAGCCUCAAAAUGAUUGAAGACCUGAAGGCCAUGAUUGACAACAUCUCUCAGGAGGUUGCUCUAUUGAAGGAAAAGCAAGCACUCCAGACAGUUUGCCUGAAAGGCACCAAAAUACACCUGAAAUGCUUUCUGGCCUUUUCGGAGACCAAGACCUACCACGAGGCCAGCGAAAGCUGCAUCUCUCAGGGCGGCACGCUCAGCACGCCGCAGAACGGGGAGGAGAACGACGCCCUCUACGAUUACAUGCGCAAGAGCAUCGGCUCGGAGGCCGAGGUCUGGCUGGGCCUCAACGACAUGGCCGCCGAGGGCAAGUGGGUCGACAUGACGGGCAGCGCCAUCCGCUACAAGAACUGGGAGACUGAAAUCACCGCCCAGCCCGACGGCGGCAAGCUGGAAAACUGCGCGGCCUUGUCGGGGACCGCCAUCGGCAAGUGGUUCGACAAGCGGUGCCGCGAGCAGCUGCCCUACGUCUGCCAGUUCAUGAUCGUGUAGCGGCGGGGCCGCCCUGCCCGCCCCGGCCCGGAUCCCCACCUGGGGCAGCAGGAUGGUGAGGCUGUGGUUGAUGCACGCCUCCAUGCACAGCCGCACGCCCACGCGAGUUCAGUAGAGUCACCCUUAGCAAAGGGAGCCGCCGCGGCUCGCCGCCGGGUUAUAGAGCACUAGAGCAUUUCCUUUGGCUAUGUCCAGCCCUGCUCGCAGCUGCACUGCUCUUCCUAAGGCACGAUUUAGAGAUAUAUAUUUUUUUUUACACAGCGAAUUUAUUAGGACAGCUCAGUUGUUCCAGCAAAGAACCAGUGCAGCAGUCCAGCCUGGCAUACUGCUGUCUCAGCUGUCACUCUGCAGUGUCCUUUCCCAUUUUACUCAGCUUUCUUGGGACACUAGCAUAGGUAAUUUCUGCUUUCUUCUCUCGUUUUGCUUCCCCAUAAACCCUGGCAGCAAUUUGUCAGAGUUCCAUGUUCCUCACAGUGUCCCAAUUCAGACUUGUGAUGAUCAGGGUCCUGUCUCAACAAGCAGAUGGAGCUACUCCUGCUUCGCAUUGAGAGAUACAAUUGGGCUCAUUUGGCAGGGUACCAGCUGCUCAAGGGGUUGUCCAACUAGUCAAAUUACGUGUAUGAAUGAGUUAGCAAGUUAAAGGCAUAUUUGGUCCUUUUCUCACCAGCCAGAAGCCAGUUUCACUGACCUCAGUGGGAGAGCAAGACCCACUGCCAGUUCCUUUGAAAAAAAAUCCCAUCAAAAGUUUUAUUUGUGCUGCAGUAUCAAAGGGAAAGCAGUGAAGACUUGGAGCACUGUUAGUCAACAAUAUUACUAGAAAUAGAAGAUGUGUGCAUUACGUAAAUAACAUAAAUGUAAUACUCUUAGGGAGUAUGUUGCUGUAUAAAAAUAACUGUAUAUUGAAAACAAGCCCCAGGACAACUCACUCCAGCAGCUUUAGGAAUGGCCUGACCUGUUUAUAUGACGGGAAUCCAGAUGAACUACUCCAGUCUUUGCUGGUUCUUGGCAAACAUAAAUCUGCUGAGCACUGUCAGUGCCAAUAUAGUCAUGCCCAGCAGAAAGUCUGACCUCAGUGACUUUUUACUGAGAAAAGGUUUAAAGUGAAAACAAAAACAAAAACAAAACAAAA